AUGGAGAUACUGCGCCUGGGUCUUUUCCUGAUGCUGAUUGAAAUUGAGAAGAACUUCACCUUUUUCAAGAUACAUGGUCAAGGUGUUGAUAAGAAACCUGAAGGCAUAUUAAAAAUCGACGAAGACACGGGGGACAUUACAGUCCACGGCCCCGUCGACUUUGAGAAAUACAAUUUCUUAAAGCUGACGUUUCAGGCACUUGACAGAGAAAAACAUGAAGUAGACACGCAGCUUGGCAUUGAGAUAUUAAUUGUCGACGCAAAUGACAACCCUCCAAAGUUUGAACCUGAAGGUUACGAGAUCAGUAUAGAAGGGUCAACAACACAAGGCACUGACGUGGUAACCAUAAAAGCAAGCGAUGAAGACAGCAUUGAGAACAAUAAACUGUUUGAUUUCAGAAUAGUCUCAGUCAUUCCUCCACCAUCUGAGCUGGAGUUCUACCUACACCAGGUCAAGAAUAUUGCAAUCAUUUCAUUUAAAGGGUGUCUGGACUAUGAGAAAGCCAGGAAAUACACCAUUGAAGUAGAGGCCAAAGACCAUGGAGACAAAAUACAGCUGUCCAGCUUCUGCACCAUCAUUAUCCACAUAAAAGAUGGAAAUAACUAUCGUCCUGUGAUAACAGGACAAACAGGUACAGGGAGUGUGGAAGAAAGAAAGGAAAAUGUUCUUGUUAAACGUCUGCAAGUCACAGACAAUGACAGCAAAGGUACAUCGGCCUGGAAAGCAAAAUAUCGAAUCCAAGGAGACACAAACAACAACUUCAGAAUCACUACAGAUCUUGAGACAAAUGAAGGACUACUGUAUGUGGAAAAGCAUCUGAUAUAUAAAGACAGUCACCAAAAGAAUUUGACUAUCAGUGUGGAGAAUGAGAUCCCCUAUUACUCAUGCACGGUGUUGAGUCGCAGCACCACUGAUCUUUGGAAAGUUGAGACGACUGGUGAUGGUGUGACCGGGACAGAGAAACUAGGCCUGUCCACCAGCCGAGUGACGGUGACUGUGGUGGAUGUCAAUGAUCCUCCAAUCUUCAUCAUACCUCACAAACAUGUCAUCGUGAUUGAAAAUGAAAAGCCGGGAAAGUAUCUGGAGACAUUUACAGCUACCGACCCUGACGGUAAAACGUGUGUGUCUUUCAGAUACCGAAUAGGAGACGACCCAGCUCAUUGGGUAACAGUGGACUCAGAGACUGGAAAAGUAUCCACAUCAAAGAUAAUAGACCGAGAGUCAAACUUUGUGAAAAACAAUAUCUAUAAGGUCACAAUAUGGGCUGUUGACAACGGUCAACCCCCGAUGACCGGCACCGCAACCCUUGACCUCCAUGUUACAGAUGAGAACGACAAUGUUCCAAUCCUGGAUGUAAGCACAUUUGACAUAUGUCAUUCUGAUCGACUCUCUCUGGCCAAUAUCACAGCCUCUGACCUGGAUGAAGACCCCUACAGUGGACCUUUCUCCUUCAUGCUCAAGGACACAGAGAAGGGGAAGUGGAAGCUUGACCCUAUGCAAGGGUAUUCAGUCAACCUGGUGAAGGACCCCACAGUUCAUUCUGGACAUUAUGAGUUGUUGCUGGAAGUGUUUGACCUCCAGUCUAACAGUGCUGUAUACAACCUGUCAAUUACUGUGUGUGACUGCGUAGACAUAGCAAAGCCAAAUUGUCGCAUCCGUAAAGCUACUGGCGCCAAAGUGGCUUUUGAGAAGAAUGAGAAGCAAAUCUCAGCUCUAGUGAGGAAGAACGUGGCCAGUGACACAACAAUGGAGCAACGCUUUGCACGAGGGAAUUCUAUGUAUCGGCUGCUGUACAGCCUCGAUGCAGGAGAGCAGCUGGGUGAUUAUGCUCCUCAUGUUUAUGCUGAGGAGGGAGACGCAAAGUCCAAAUUCGAGCUUGAUGCCAUCUCCAUCCCUGAUAUUCCCUUUGACCCAGACUUGGACCUGGACCUAGAUAUCCAGUUCAAUACUCUGGCCUCAAUCUGCCUGCCAAGUGAAAACCCACCCGACAGUACAUAA